ACAAGAAUUGAAAAACAAAAGAAACUAAACUAUUUGAUUGGUUUACCGUACAAUCCUUCCCUCCAACUCAAAACAUGGGUAUGGAAACCACCGUCACGCCACCACCAGCCACCACAGUGUGUGUCACAGGAGCUGCCGGCUUCAUCGGCUCGUGGCUUGUCAUGAGGCUCCUUGAACGUGGUUAUACCAUUCGCGCAACUGUUCGUGAUCCUGGAAACAUGAAGAAGGUAAAACACCUAACAGAACUGCCCAAAGCCGACACAAACUUGACACUGUGGAAGGCAGACAUGAACAUAGAAGGAAGCUUUGAUGAAGCAAUCCAAGGUUGUGAAGGAGUGUUUCACUUGGCCACACCUAUGGACUUUGAAUCCAAUGAUCCUGAGAAUGAAGUGAUCAAGCCAACAGUUGAAGGCAUGUUGAGCAUCAUAAGAUCAUGUGCCAAAGCCAAAACUGUCAAAAAACUAAUUUUCACCAACUCUGCUGGGACUUUGAAUGUGGAAGAACAUCAGAAACCAGUGUAUUAUGAAAGCAAUUGGAGUGACCUGGAUUUCAUAAACUCCAAGAAAAUGACUGGCUGGAUGUAUUUUGUAUCCAAAAUUUUGGCUGAGAAAGCAGCAAUUGAAGCAGCUAAAGAGAACAACAUCAACUUCAUUAGUAUUAUACCACCUGUAGUUGUUGGUCCAUUCACCAUGCCAACCUUCCCACCUAGCCUAAUCACAGCUCUUUCCCCCAUUACUGGGAAUGAAGCACACUACUCUAUCAUAAAGCAAGGACAAUUUGUGCAUGUGGAUGAUCUAUGUGAGGCUCAUAUAUUCUUGUUUGAGCAUCCCACAGCAGAAGGAAGAUACAUUUGUUCCUCCCAUGAUGCAACCAUUUAUGGUUUAGCCAACAUGAUCAGAGAGAAAUGGCCUGAAUAUCAUAUCCCAACUGAAUUUGAAGGAAUUGACAAGGACAUACCAGUGGUGAGUUUCUCCUCCAAGAAAUUGAUGGAAAUGGGUUUUAUGUUCAAGUAUACCUUAGAGGACAUGUUCAGAGAAGCUAUUGAGACCUGCAGAGAGAAGGGAUUGCUCCCAUAUUCUACUCAAAUCCACAAGAAUGGAGAAGAGAAGGCCAUUUUGAAUUCCCUGACAAAAAAUCAAGAAAAAGAUACGCUUCCAACUUCAAAGGAGGAACAUGCUGAAGAGCAAGAGAAUGGUCUGCUUUCUGACAUUCCAUAAAACCAUUCUGAUGGCAGAAUCAAGCCAAUGGUGAAACUUCUGAUGCGUUCUUAGUUUGUUGUUGUUGUUUUCAUAUAUGUUGUUCUCCAAGGCCGUUCUUGCGGCCAUUUCUUAUCUCAUAGUGUUGAAACAAAGAAAAAAGCAAAGAUGCUUUUUGAACUUUACUGCAAUAUCAACUCCACUGAAUACCAAUAAAGUCAUAGCAACCACUGAACUUGGAACGACUUUUCAGUUCGACCCUUAGGUAUCUCUGAUAUAUUUUUUGCCAGUUAAGAGCAAACUUACACAGAACCUUGCAACUAAGAACUGACUGAACAGAAUAACACGUAAAGAAUUUACUUGCUCAAAG